CUUCAAGGGGUGCCAUCCCUCCAUCGAAACUUUUUCAUUUUGUCUGUUUUUCAAUUUGCACCUUCUAAACGGUCAUUCCUUUUGCUUCAUAGCAUUCGAAAACUCGAUUUGUCAAAGUCUUCUAGAAGAGUCAAAUUAGCAAAGCUGGCUUCUCACGCACAAUCAUCUCAUCUUGAGCAUCUUUCAGAAUCCCACGUCAGCCUCUCCAAAUCCAUAUCAACAGCGACGCCUGAACACCAUACUGAUCAACAGUACACCGCUAACUUGCCACUGGCUAGGCUACCAGCAGCUGAAGCCGAGCUAACGAGCUCAUCGAACCUGCGACAGCGCCGUCUUACAAGUAUCCCUGUGAGCGCCCACGAUAGUGAAGCCUCCCUUGAGAGUACUUUUCAGGAGACGCCCUGUUCACAGAAGGACGAGAACAAACCACCGAUUUCAAACCUUUCGUCGAGCAAAAGCACAAACUCAAUAAUGUUUCAGAGGCAGGGGAAUAGUGGAAUCCCUUUUCACAAUGAUCCUGACGACAAAUACAGGAAACCGUUAACCGAAGUACAUUCUCGGUUGAGAUUUCGUUUUCGGCUCAAACAUUUAGUCGUUAUUAUUGGUGUCUUCGCUCUAACAUACUUGACCCUAAAGUCAUCUACAUCAUUGAGAGACCGAUUUAAUGUCCCCAAACAGCAACCCAUAUCAACAAGGGCACAUUCAACAACGUGGGAAGAACGCAAGGAAAAAGUCAGAGCGGCAUUCAAACAUGCAUGGGAUGCUUAUCGUCGGGAUGCGUGGGGUCAAGACGAGUAUCAUCCCAUUUCUAAACGAGGCACAAACAUGAUAAGUAAAGGACAAGGUUUUACAAUCGUUGAUUCUCUAGAUACAAUAUUAUUGAUGGGUCUAAAAGAAGAAUUUCAAGAGGCUAAAGCAUGGGUUCGGGAUUCUCUUGAUUUUAAUCAGGAUGGAGAGAUCAACUUAUUUGAAACCACAAUUCGCGUGCUUGGUGGACUGUUGGCAGCAUAUGAUCAAUCAGACCAUGACGAAAUCUUUUUGAAAAAGGCUGUGGAUCUCGCGGAUCGCUUGAUGGGUGCAUUCAAUACAACAAGCGGAAUUCCGUAUGCGAGUGUCCAUUUAUCGAGCGGACGGGGCGUUCCAGGGCACGAAGGUGGCAUCAGUACAACCUCAGAGGUGUCGACAUUGCAAUUGGAGUUCAAGUAUCUAUCGUAUCUUACAGGCGAUGACAAGUAUUGGCGUGUCGCCGAGAAUGUGAUAUUCAAAAUGAAGGAGUUGGAUAGCUUGGAUGGGCUUGUUCCCAUUUUCAUCAACCCUUACAACGGACAAUUCCAUGGAGAGGAGAUCCGCCUUGGAUCGCGUGGUGACAGUUAUUAUGAGUACCUGAUCAAACAAUAUCUACAAACAUCAAAGACACAACAUGUUUUCAAGGAAAUGUACGAUCACGCGAUCGCCGGUGUCAAGAAGCAUCUCAUCGGAAGGACAAUACCUAACCAUCUGCUCUUUAUUGGGGAGAUUUUCAAGUAUUCGCCCUCUAAUCUUAGUCCUAAGAUGGAUCAUCUGGUCUGCUUCCUGGGCGGCACAAUGGCCUUAGCCUCAACAGAAGGCAGAUCUUUCGAUAACAAAACUUUCCCGCGUUCUACACUUUCUCAAACGGGGGAAGAAGAUUUCAGAAUAGGCGAAGAGCUGACAGAGGCUUGCUAUGAAAUGUACAACCAGACCGAAACGGGGUUGGCGCCGGAGAUUGUUUACUGGGUAAAGAGCGAGGAUCAACUUGUAGGUAGGAGCGAUGUCGAGCACACACCUGGAUCUGACUUCAUCAUCAACAACGCCGAUGGCCACAACUGGCUGCGACCCGAGACUGUUGAAAGUCUUUUUUAUAUGUGGCGCUUCACAGGAGAUGAAAAGUAUAGGAAGUGGGGCUGGAAGAUAUUCGAAGCUAUUGAAAAGUAUAGUAAGGUUGAAUCCGGGGGCUACAGCUCGAUUCACGAUAUUCGCCGCAAAAAUAGUAUACACUUCUCGGAUAAAAUGGAGACAUUCUUUCUAGCCGAAACACUCAAAUAUCUUUAUUUGCUCUUUGGACCUAAUGACGUAUUUCCGUUGGACAAAUAUGUAUUCAAUACAGAGGCACAUCCUUUCCCAAUCUUUACACCGCCAAGACAUCUUUUAGAGAGAUCCGCUCUAAGCACAGUGAACAAGGAAAACGAAGAAGCGUUUGUCAGGGCAGGGGGAGCGAUAGGGUCGAUGGCAACAGCAUUAGUGAAUGAUGAUGAGAAGCGGCCAUUGAAGCAGGAGCAAAACUAUGAUGUGGAAGUUGGCCCAUCUGAAGGACAGCUUGCAUCAGCAGAUAAUGUUGAUAUGGCGCUUGACGAGCUCGCUAUUGAAGAUGCUUCAAGAGCAGAGGAUGUAUCAGAAGUUGAAGUUGAAUAUGAAGAAGCAUCCGAGAGUCUUGCAGAUGAUGGCAUAGAAGGCAGAGCAGAAGACGAUGACGAGAUUGGCAUUAUAUAUAAUCAAUGAGUGUACAGAUUUUAGUAUUUCAGGACUAGUAUGACAUACAGUGCUGAUACUGGAGUUGAGUCUAAAGCUGGAAAAAUUUAUAUAAAAUCUUUCGAA